AUGUUUGCUCCCCGUGAAGCAGCCCAUUGGAUGUCCUGCCAAAGGCGGACAACAGCCUCUAGGAAACGCCUUGAAAUCCACGUAUCACCCUCCCGCUCAUCACCCACUACGUAUCACCCUCCCGCUCAUCACCCACUACGUAUCACCCUCCCGCUCAUCACCCACUACGUAUCACCCUCCCGCUCAUCACCCGCCACGUAUCACCCUCCCGCUCAUCACCCGCCACGUAUCACCCUCCCCCUCAUCACCCGCCACGUAUCACCCUCCCGCUCAUCACCCGCCACGUAUCACCCUCCCGCUCAUCACCCGCCACGUAUCACCCUCCCGCUCAUCACCCGCCACGUAUCACCCUCCCGCUCAUCACCCACUACGUAUCACCCUCCCGCUCAUCACCCGCCACGUAUCACCCUCCCGCUCAUCACCCGCCACGUAUCACCCUCCCCCUCAUCACCCGCCACGUAUCACCCUCCCGCUCAUCACCCGCCACGUAUCACCCUCCCGCUCAUCACCCGCCACGUAUCACCCUCCCGCUCAUCACCCGCCACGUAUCACCCUCCCCUCAUCACCCGCCACGUAUCACCCUCCCGCUCAUCACCCGCCACGUAUCACCCUCCCCUCAUCACCCGCCACGUAUCACCCUCCCGCUCAUCACCCGCCACGUAUCACCCUCCCGCUCAUCACCCGCCACGUAUCACCCUCCCCUCAUCACCCGCCACGUAUCACCCUCCCGCUCAUCACCCACUACGUAUCACCCUCCCGCUCAUCACCCGCCACGUAUCACCCUCCCCUCAUCACCCGCCACGUAUCACCCUCCCGCUCAUCACCCGCCACGUAUCACCCUCCCGCUCAUCACCCGCCACGUAUCACCCUCCCCUCAUCACCCGCCACGUAUCACCCUCCCGCUCAUCACCCGCCACGUAUCACCCUCCCGCUCAUCACCCGCCACGUAUCACCCUCCCGCUCAUCACCCGCCACGUAUCACCCUCCCGCUCAUCACCCACUACGUAUCACCCUCCCGCUCAUCACCCGCCACGUAUCACCCUCCCGCUCAUCACCCACUACGUAUCACCCUCCCGCUCAUCACCCGCCACGUAUCACCCUCCCGCUCAUCACCCACUACGUAUCACCCUCCCGCUCAUCACCCGCCACGUAUCACCCUCCCCUCAUCACCCGCCACGUAUCACCCUCCCGCUCAUCACCCGCCACGUAUCACCCUCCCCUCAUCACCCGCCACGUAUCACCCUCCCGCUCAUCACCCGCCACGUAUCACCCUCCCCUCAUCACCCGCCACGUAUCACCCUCCCACUCAUCACCUGCCAUGAAUCACUCUCCCACUCGCCUUCUAUGUAA